CGCACGUCUUCGCUCUCUCAAUAUGAAGUCACAGGAAGCUCUUUAUGAUUUCAAAGCCUUGUAUAUAAUACCAAAUAAUAUCUAAAUCUAUAUUGCGAAUUCUACUCCAUACAAUUUCAACACUAAUCCACAGUUAUAACACUCAGUAUUAUGGCAUCUUUCCUUGCCCGAAGCGUUCUCUGUGGAGCUUCGCAGGCUCCACGCCUAGCUUUCCCAAAAGCUGUCUCUUCCUCGCCGAUAUUCCCGAGAUCAUUGGCGAGAGGACAGGCCUCGAUCUCACGACGAUUCCUAGCCUCUUCCUCAACCCCCUCAGAGCAACCACGCCUACGUCUCGGCAGCGAAGCACCAAACUUUCAAGCCAAGACAACCCAAGGCGACAUCGAUUUCCACCAAUGGCUCGGCGGAUCAUGGGCAAUCCUCUUUUCGCACCCAGCGGACUUCACACCCGUCUGCACAACUGAACUCGGCGCUUUUGCACGCUUAGCACCCGAAUUCGCCCGUCGUAAUGUGAAAAUGAUCGGGCUCAGCGCGAACGACCUCUCCUCUCACGAGAAGUGGAUCGCUGACAUCAACGAAAUAUGUUCCGCAGACCUACAAUUCCCUAUUAUCGCGGAUGCGGACCGACGAGUGGCGUUUCUGUACGACAUGGUCGAUGCACAGGACUUGACCAAUAUCGAUCAGAAGGGUAUUGCGUUUACCAUCCGCUCGGUGUUUAUUAUUGAUCCGGCGAAGAAGAUUCGUUUGACGAUGAUGUAUCCCGCUAGCACGGGACGUAAUACCGCCGAGGUAUUGCGCGUGAUUGAUUCGUUGCAGACGGUGGAUAAGAAGGGCAUUACUACGCCCGUGGAUUGGCAUAUUGGGGAUGAUGUUAUUGUGCCGCCGACUGUGAGCACGGAGGAUGCUAAGAAGAAGUUAGGGAGUGUUAGGGAGGUUAAGCCGUACCUGAGGUACACUAGGAUCUGAGUAGAACGUCACUAGCCUAAGGGAUGCGAUACUUUGGCUGCGCUAGGAGGCUAGGGAGGUUGACAUACUGGAAUCUGGUUCGUAUCAUAAAUAUCGUAAUUAUAUCGAAGACUUAAGCCUAGGGUAAACGCUAAACCCUAGGUUGAGUAUUGUGUAGACAAACUACGCGUUUUGUCAUAGUAGUAGUAGUAGUAGUAGUAUUAAGUUGAGGCUUGUCUACGAGUCUAUCGAGACGCAUCGUAAUAUACAGCAUUUCCUAAAUCGGGAACAUCUAAU